AUGUUUCUCUUCGAUCUCUUGCAGACCAUCCUCAUAUUCAAGGCCGACUUGCUGAGCCACUUUGCGCCACCCAGUGCUCCCCCCUCUGGCGGGGCAUUUGAUUGCUCGGUGGACUCUAUCAAGUUAUUGCUUCCAGCUGGGUCCAAGGUUCUCUAUGCUUCUCACUAUGAGGCCGAUUUCAAAUUUACGCCUCCGCUCGAGCAUAAUACUGGGGCUUUUAGGCAAUCGUCGUUUGUCCUUCCAAGGAGUGCUUGUAUCUUCCAGGCCAACUUAACACUUACUGGAGACACACAGCAUAGUGUGGGUGUGGUUCUGCCGGAUGAUUGGAAUGGGAGAUUCUUGACAGCGGGAAACGGGGGUUUCUCGGGAAGCGUUAGCUGGGGUGCCAUUAUUGAUGCCUCUUGGUAUGGCUUCGCUGCUAUCUCUACAAACACAGGUCAUGAGAGCUCAGGCGCUGAGUGGGCAUACCAUAAUCAAGAUGCUCUCGCCAACUGGGGCUACCGGGCUAUGCACGAUGCUGUUGUCAACGGAAAGUCCGUGACGGAGAAAUUUUAUGGGAAGGAUAUCUCUUAUAGCUACUACCGCGGCUGCUCCGCAGGUGGAAAGCAGGGUCUCAAGGAAGUCGAGAUGUUCCCUGAUGAUUUCGACGGGGUGAUUGUCGGAGCUCCCGCUUGGUGGACAACUCAUCUGCAGCUCUGGAACAUGAUUGUCGGUAUCUGGAACUCACCAGCCGACUCGCCGCAUCAUCUGUCAAAUAAGCAGUUUGAUAUACUGGCCAACGAAGUCAUUCGCCAGUGUGAUCCGCAGGACGGAGUGGUAGAUAACAUGAUCAUGAACCCGGAUGCAUGCACCUUCCGGCCAGAGGCUCUCCUGUGUGCCGACGACGCCACGGAUCUUUCGACCUGCCUGAACACAGAGCAGGUCAAGACCGUUUACAAGCUUCACAACGACUGGGUGGAAGCCAACGACACGUUUGUUUUCCCGCACCUCGCUCUAAGCAGUGAGUGGAGAUGGAGCGACUUGGUGGCCUCACCCUCGAGGUUCGGUACUGAAUACGUCAAAUGGAUGCUACAGUUGGGUAAAGACUGGACGUGGGAGGACUGGAACCCCGAUCUGAUCAAGUUGUCGGACGAGCUUAACCCUGGAAAUGCCACAACGGACGACUAUGAUCUUACUCCCUUCCACAACAAGGGCGGCAAGAUCAUCCACUACCAUGGCUGGUCGGACUGGUCUAUCGCUGCAGGAUCAAGCAUUUACUUUUAUGAACAAGUCACCAAUGCUUUGGAACCGAAGGGAAUAAAUUUGGAUAACUUCUACCGCUUCUAUAUGAUUCCUGGAAUGGGUCACUGUGGAGGCACUUCGGAUCUAAUGGGAGCGCCUUGGGUUAUUGCUGGAGAUGGACAAUCCUCCAGUCUGGGAAGGGAUGGAAACAUCCACAGCGUGCCUGGGCAUGAGGAUGCGCGUCACGACGUGGUCCUUGCCAUGAUGAACUGGGUUGAGAAUGGGACCAGCCCGACCGAGUUGAUUGCGACGAAGUUUGUGAAUGAUAAAAACCCACACGAGGGGGUGUAUCGCCAACGGCCAUUGUGCAUGUAUCCUGCGCAGGCUCAGUACAAGGGCUCGGGGGAUAUUGAUGCAGCAGAUAGUUGGGAGUGCAGGGCGCUGUGA